CGGGAAGGAACCCACGGCUCUGGAAGGUCCAGCGUGUAUCAGACUUUCAGCGAAUCUCCUUGUUUGAGUCACACCUCAGCUCCAGGAGGACAUAUGUUGCCCGUCCUGUUUUAUGGAAGUGGAGUCAGGACUCCCAGCGGCUACACCACGUGCCUGGCCACGUGGUGAGUCCGAGGCGGAAACUGGCUGAGAUCCAGGUCUCCUGAAGCUGAUGCCACUCCCCAGCCCUGCCGAGAGGAUGGGCUGCCUCGGCCCGUGGUGCUGCCCGGCCUGACCACCGGGUGUUUCCGGAGUCCGUCUUGCCUCUAAGUGGAGCAUGGCUAAGAGGGGCCAAAGGAUCCUGUCUGCUGAGCAAAGGAAGCCCAAGGGCUGGCUGCAGGUGGCAGGACAAGGGGGCACCACGGACUUCCACAGUCCCCGGCGGCCUUUUCCUAGGAAAGAAGAACAACCUUCACCCUGAGAUUAUAGGCUUCCCUUAGUUUACGAAGCGAGAGCAGAAGGUCUUCGAGAUCACUCCCACACACACUGGGCGAAAGGGAAAGGACGCAGAGCUCUGCCACAGUCUGCACGUGACUCGUUCUUUUUUGAUCUGAGAAAUCAGAAACCCCGGACACCAGUCGAGCACCUGUUCUAGAUUCCACACCACCCUUCCCCAAGGCAGCCUCCACCUCCCACCAGCCAGGCGCAGGCGAGGCCAGGACUCAGCGGGAAGGCCGGCAGGCGGCAGAGCCGGUGUGGGCACCGUGGGGCCAUGGAACCGGAGGCGAGGCCCGUGCUCUACCGACAGCUGCUGCUCUGGGACCCCAGCUUGGGGUCUGAGGACGACGAGGACAAUGAGGAGGAGACCUCUGAGCUGGUCGUUUCGAAUUCCUGGAGGCCCCACAACUCCUUGGGCAGGAAUGAGGUUGGCGGGCUGCCCGGGGCCUGGGCUCGCCUCGGCGCUGCCCUGCUGCUGCUGGUCACUGGCUUCUCCCUGGCCGCGAGGCAACUCUACAUCAAGAGUGACCCUACAGGAAGCCAGGCCUCGGCAGCCCCCCGGCCCGGCGGGCACUCCCACCCCCCUGGUGUGUACCACCACGGUGCCAUCAUCAGCCCGGCAGGUCAGAGCCAGGAGCCGCUUGGGGGAGGGCAGGGCCCAGGGCACUGGUCGCCCGCCAUGCCCCAAGACCAUGUCUUCCUGGCUGUAGCCACGUGCUCCCACCUGGGCCGAGAGCUGCUCAUCGCCGGGGGCAACAUCGUGGACGCGGGAGUGGGAGCAGCUUUGUGUCUGGCGGUGGUGCACCCUCACACCACGGGGCUAGGUGCCACGUUCUGGGCCCUCUUCCACAACAGCUCCUCAGGCAGCCCAACUGCCCUGACGCCGGGCCCCGCACAGCCCCUGGCCCCCGGCCUGCGGCUGCCGUCCGCCCUGCCCAGCCUGCGCCUGCUGCACGCGCGCUUCGGCCGCCUGCCGUGGUCACAGCUGCUAGGGGGCCCUGCCUCGCUGGCUCAAGACGGCUUCCUGGUGGACACAGCCCUUGCCACAGCUCUGGCAGCCCGGGGCACAAAGGGCCUCUGUCCACUACUGUGCCAUGCUGAUGGGACCCCCCUGGGCGCCGGGGCCCGAGCCACCAACCCCAAACUUGCAGCCGUGCUGCGCCUAGCGGCCCAAGCCCCAGCCCCGGACCUGGCCGGGGAUGACCUACUGAGCCUGCUGGUCAGAGACCUGGGGCUGCGUAGGCCCCAAUCCAGGCCCACGCCUGCCCUGGAGCCCGCGGUGCAGCGAGCCAUACCCCAAGGCGUCCUGUCCACCACCCCCGGCCCCUCAACCUGCCCGGAGCUGCUGGCAAUGGUAGGGGCAGCCCUGCGCUCAGGAGAGCCCGGCCCCGACCCCUGCCCGGCGCUCUCAGCAGCUCCCGUGAGCCCUGUGGGCACUGUCCUGGCCACUGUAGACAGCAGUGGCUCAGUGCUGCUCCUUACCUCCUCACUAAGCAGCCCCUUUGGCUCUGGACGCCUGUCCCCAAGCACUGGAGUUCUCCUUAGUGACCUGGUGGCCAAGCCUACAGCCAGUGCCUGGGCCUGCCCCCUCCUCCUCCAGGGAAGCUCGGAUGACACAGAGGCUGACAUGUUAGGGCUGGUGGCUUCGGGAACUCCUGCGGUGGCCAGAGUUGUGACUCGUGCCCUGCUCAGUCACCUGGCUGGGCCCCAGACCCAGGCCCAACAUGAGCGAUGGCAGGGACCGACACUGAGCACUAGUGUUUGUGGCCAAGGGACCCUGCUCCAGGUGGCUGUCCAGGCAGAGCAUGCCCAUGUCUCCAGUGUCCCCAGCAGCUGCUGCACUGUCCAGGGGUUCUAAGUGGGGGAUGUGUCUAGCCAGGGGUGGGAGGGUCGGGGUGUCCCACCUGACGGCAGGAGCGGAACAGACCCAGCAACGAGGACGUGCAUAGCAAACAUGCCUAAUUACCAGCCCGCUGCUAGCUCAGGCCCACAAUGUCUGGCCUAGUCAGUACCCUGGACUCCAGAUCGGGUUCUUUUUCAGCUAAGGAGACUGAGGGUACUGGGGAAAGAGCCCCAGACUCCAGUUCAGAUCCGGUUCUGAGAAGGACAGGUAGUAGGGUGGGUGCCAAGCCCCUGUCUUGCCUCCAGACCCCCUGGGCAGGGCAGGGCAGGCAGAGCCUGGGGUCCCGCUGGCCUCUCUGUCUCCCCCUUCAGGCCACCCUCUGCGGAUGUCUCUCAACUGAGCUAGAAACAAAAUAAAGAUAAAAUCUCUGCCAACCCGCUUCCCAGUUUCCCAUCGGCCUGUGGGGUGCUCGGUGUCAUGGCCUGCAGCAGACCUACCCCGGACAGGCAGACCCUGGGCCACGGUCGCGGGCCACGGUCACGGCCCACGGUCCUCCAGUUUCCCCUAUCCCUGUUCGCCUUCUGUUCCUGGGGCACCAUAGACAAAAGGUAAAGGUUUGCGUCUCAGU